AUGGGAUCAAUUGCUGAACCCAUCGGCCUCACGCCGCUCGACCACAUCACUGCGAAGGUCUACCUCCCCUACAUGCUAUACUUUAACGUCGAUGACCCGAGUACUGCUGUCAAAACUUUGCACAACGGAAUAAACAAGCUCGUCACAGAGAUUCCCUGGCUUGCUGGAGAUGUCGUUUGCCGCAGUGAGCCUCAGACUCGGGGCUUCAUUUACCCCCCUACUACACCUCAUGAUGUCCCGAUGUUGACAGUGAAGCAUUUCGAUCGCGAUGAGGAUUUCUGUACACACCCAAAGAAUGAGUAUUUCGCCGUGCCGGUGUUUAUCCCCGCCUCGCAGCAACGCCCUGUCCUGCGCUUCCAGGCCAAUGUCUUUCCUUCGAAAAUCGCCCUAGUGAUGUCUUUCAUGCAUAUGGCUUUUGACGGUUCUGGCGCAGGAGUCGUCCUCCAAGCGCUGAGCGAGUGUUGCCAGGCAGCAGCCGCAGAAAACCCGGAGUCGAUUAGGAUGCCCAUCACCGAGGAGAUUGUGAAGACUGCUAUCGACCAUCGGAGAGAGGUCUCGGACUGGCCUUCCAAGUGUGAGACGCGCCUCGACCAUUCAGUAGAGCUGGGCCCUCCAGCUUUCGACUCGAACUUUUCCAUCGAGCAAUGGGGGGCUAUGGAAUCCGUUUUAUCCUCAGCAGCCGAUACCUACCGUGUCACGUUCAGCCCAGACAAGAUAGCCCACCUGAAGGCUCUAUGCGCAAAGCGGCUUCCUCAGCUCAAACAGCCGUUUGACCCGUCGUACCUUUUCUCCUCUAACGACAUCAUCACCGCGGCAUUGGGAAUCUCCAUUGACAGAGUCAUGCAUCCCAAACAAGCCGGGGAAAACAAGCCAACGAGCAUAUUCAUGGUCGCAGAUCUCCGUCGCCGAAUAAACCCUCCACUACCAGAAACCUACCUAGGCAAUAUGAUCUACCCCAUCUGGAGGCCCAUUCACUGUAGGAAGGAUAGCGAGGAAACAAGCCCGGCCGAGGAGUCCGACCUCCUCCACCUUACACAGCUUGCGCUGGAGCUCCGCACCGGGGUCACAUCAUCCAUCAACGAGACUCUCGGCUACAGCGCCUCUGCUGCCGUCGCUGAAAGCGGAGACUGGUAUCAAAUGGAGGGCAAGCCAGCGGACGUUGUCAUGACCAGCUGGCGCCAUCUUAAGGUCUUUGCCCUAGAUUUCGGGCCAGGUCUCGGUCACAUCGAGGAUUUUGAGUCUGGAUUUUCGCUCAUUCCCGGUGCUUGUAUUAUGCAUCCCCAGCGAACAAGGGAGCUGCAGCCCGUGGAGCCGGUGCCGUGGGAGGCCUCGAUUACGUUGAGGCCUGGGGAUUAUGAGGCAUUUGUUAAGGACCCGUUGUUGAGCCAAAUCCUUGCGGAUUCGUGA